CCCGGCGAGACCCAGCGGCCUCGAGCCAAGCGCGCAGCCGGGUGGGCUGAGGGGGCGGCGGCAGUGGCGCGGGAGCCGGGAAGUUUGGGCGACAGCGGCCAGUGCUGCGAUCCCGAGUCAAGCACCAGCCUUGAGGACCAGGCGCCGGCGGCCCGGCUUACGGACGCCCCCGGGCCCGCAGCCGUCGUCUCGCGACCUCUUGCUUGGAAGUGUUUAAGGUCCUAAAAUGUCAUCUAUCAAGCACCUAGUUUAUGCAGUUAUUCGUUUCUUACGGGAACAAAGUCAGAUGGAUGCUUAUACUUCUGAUGAACAAGAAAGUUUGGAAGUUGCAAUUCAAUGCUUGGAGACAGUUUUUAAGAUCAGCUCAGAAGAUACACAUCUAGCAGUUUCACAGCCUUUGACAGAAAUGUUCACGAAUUCCUUCUGUAAGAAUGACAUUCUACCCCUUUCAAACUCAGUGCCUGAAGAUGUGGGGAAAGCUGACCAAUUAAAAGAUGAAGGCAAUAACCACAUGAAAGAAGAGAAUUAUGCUGCUGCAGUGGAUUGUUACACACAGGCAAUAGCAUUGGAUCCUAAUAAUGCAGUUUAUUAUUGCAACAGGGCUGCUGCUCAAAGCAAAUUAAGCCAUUACACAGAUGCAAUAAAGGAUUGUGAAAAAGCAAUAGCAAUCGAUUCAAAGUACAGUAAGGCCUAUGGGAGGAUGGGGCUGGCCCUCACUGCUAUGAAUAAAUUUGAAGAAGCAGUUACAAGUUAUCAAAAGGCAUUGGAUCUUGACCCUGAAAAUGAUUCCUAUAAGUCAAAUCUGAAAAUAGCAGAACAGAAGUUAAGAGAGGUAUCUAGUCCUACAGGAACUGGAUUGAGCUUUGACAUGGCUAGCUUAAUAAAUAAUCCAGCUUUCAUUAGUAUGGCAGCAAGUUUAAUGCAGAACCCUCAAGUUCAACAGCUAAUGUCAGGAAUGAUGACAAAUGCCAUUGGAGGACCUGCUGCUGGAGUUGGAGGCUUAACUGACCUGUCUAGCCUCAUCCAAGCGGGACAGCAGUUUGCUCAGCAGAUACAACAACAGAAUCCUGAACUUAUAGAGCAACUGAGAAAUCACAUCCGGAGCAGAUCCUUCAGUAGCAGCACUGAAGAACAUUCCUGAUUUGAUCAGGAACCCUAAGUCAGAAUAGAAAUGGUUUAUGGCUCUGAAGUUUUCACUGUAGAUAAUAGCCAAAACAAAAAACAAAAACAAAAGCACCACCAUAUCUGAUGUGUGAAAAUAAGGAAAACCUCUUGUAUAUAUUCUUAAAGAAUAAUUCUGUUUAGACAAUAGGUUUAUCACAAACAGACUCCUUUGGAAUCAAAUGAUUAGUACUCUUGUUAAGUGCCAGUACAGCACUGGAACAAGGUUCCAUCCAUUUUGAAACUUUUAUCGUAUUUGUAUAUUAGACUUAAUAGCAGAGUAUAUUUAUUGAACAGUAGGACUGUUUAUUGGUGAGUUCUGCAGCUCUAAAUUCCCUUCUAGAAGGUUUUUUGAGAGGGAAGAUGACUAAAUGGAAAGUUUUCCCACGCAGGUUGACAAGAAAUACAUUUGUCAGUUGGCAGCAUUUCAGGAGAAGAAACUUAUUACAGAAGUUUAGCUUUGAUAAAUGCUGUCAAUAUAUAUCAUAGGUGUCAGUACUAUUUUUGAUGCUGCUAUCUUGAUGAGUGACAGGGAGUCUUUAAGAGCUUGUGGAAAGCAGUAUUUGGUACAAGGGAUGCUAUGAAGAGAAAAAAUAGAUAAUGUGAAUUUAUAUAUAAAGUAGGAUGCUCAGGUUUUCUGCAUAGUUCUUAACUAAUCUUGUUUGCAGUUUAGUAUCAAUAACAUUAGCAUGGCCAGUUAUGAUAAGUAUGUAAUAAAAUACACUUAGAAACCCUUACUGAUACUUAUUAGUUCAGUGAUAUGUAACUGUUCAACUUAUUACCACAGUUUCCCUAGUGGUGAACUUACUUUGGAAACUACCAAAUAUACCUAUAUUUAAAUAAGCCAGUGGCUUGACCCUAAGUUAAGGAUUUUCUAAGUGGAAUUUAAUUAUAUACUCAUAAACAUUGAUUUUUUUUUAAAAAAAGUAAUAAUUAUUUUAUGGAUAACAAAAAGAAUCUAUCACUAACAUUGCUUGUUCAUGCAGUCCUCUGCUAUAAUUUGGCUUGGUAUGCCAAUCUUAUGCUUAACAUUAAUUUGAUGCAAUUUAAAUGUAACAGGAGACAUAAAAUUUUUUUAUUAUAAAUUAGAUACCAUAUUGGUUGGUAGGGGAAAUGCCAUUAGGUACUAAUGGCAUGGUUUAAGUACAGGGGCAUAUAAGACAGUUCUAAUUCCAACUGGGAUUUGUUGAUUAAUCAUGAAAUUGGUGAAGUGGGCCACAUGUAACGAUUUUAUAAGUGUUGUGAGGGAAAAGUGAAAAAGAUCAUUUAAAAAUUAGUAAAAAUAAUGCAAUAAGGGCCUUACUAUAACUGUUCUAAAAAGAUUAUUUGAUAUCCUGAAGUUCCCUUUCCCCACCUUCGUAAGAUAAGAACUGUGGUUCUGUAAUUUCACUAUAAGCAUCACUUGGAGGAAUUCAUUAAACAUGAAGAAUGAGGGCCACACCAUCAAUUUUUACUUAGUAGGUACUGUUAUUAAGACCUAGAAAUCAGCAUUUUAAACAGUAUACCAGUGGUUUGGAUGUAGGUCUGUCCAAGAACUCAAAUUUAGAGCAAUGUUAGGUUUCUCCCCAACUAGACCAUCUGGACUCAGGCCAAAAUGAAGAGCAGUGUGAACCUAUUGAUUCAGGCCAGAAAAGAACAGGCCCUCUAAAAUUAAAUUUCCUAUAUUGUGUCUAAUCCGUUUUUAUUUUUUAUGAUGUUACACGCAGCUCCUAGUGUUUUAAGUGUUAUAAAGAAUGAAGUACUAAUCACAUAAGAGUUACAGUUGUGAUUAAAAAGAGCAAAGCUGAUCCUUAAACACUAGUCAUUCUUAUUCCAGUGUUUAAUAAGAAGUUAAUGUUUUAAGGAUUAGAAUUUUAAGUGCAUUGAAAGUGCUUUAGGAUCAAUAAAAUUUGAUAAGCCUGUAGCUGACUAUGAGAAUACAAAAUACAAAUUAACAGUAUCAGAAAUUAAAGAGGGGGUUGGGGUUGUAGAUCAGUGGUAGAGUGCCUCGCACGUGUGAAGCGCUGGGUUUGAUCCUCAGCACCACAUAAAAAUAAAUAAAAGCAGAGUUAUUGUGUCCAACUACAACUUAAAAAAAAUUAGAAAAAUAAAAAAGAAAUUAGAGGAAGGCUGGGGAUAUAGCUCAGUGGCAGAGAGCUUGUGGGAGACAGUGGGUUUAUACAUCUUCCAGCACAAGGAGGGAAAAAAAGCAGAUAUACUACAGACCCUAUAGACAUUAAAAGGAUAAUUAUAAACACUAGGACUAACUCUAGAUCUCUAUAUUUUACAACUUAGAUGAAACAAAUUCUUUUUAAGAUACAAACUACCAAAGCUCACUGGAGAAACAACCUGAAUAGACCUAUAUUUUACAAAGUUGAAUUUAUAGAUAAAAACCUUCCAGGGAAGAAAGCCAUAGGGCCAGAUGACUUUAAUGAUGAACUCUACUGAACACAUGGGAGAAAUUAACAUCGGUUCUACACAGUGAGUGCUAGAAAACAGAAGAGGAGGAAAUGCUUUUCCACUCAUUUUAUUUUGGCCAGUGCUACCUGGAUAACAAAAUCAAAGAGAAUCAUAAGAAAACACUUUAAAACACUGCUUUCAUGUGCUGGUAUUGUAGUUAAAGGAGCCAUUCUUUUUACCUGAAAUUAAGGGAACUGGUGCAUUCCAUUUCACUCUGUUCUUUAAGAAUAUACCACCCCCCAAAAUUCAAUCUAGAUGACACCUGUCCACUUAGGUGGAUUCCAUUCUAGUCAAGCCAGCUUUACUCUUCUGCAAUGGAAGAGUAAAUUCCGCAAUCACUUUGGAAUCAUUGCAUUACAAGCCACUUCAAUAGAGUUUUGUGUGAUUUGAUUGUGCUAGGUACUCUUAAAAUUAUACAGAAUAUUAUUCUUCCUUGUCUGGAAAAUAUAGUCACUGUCUUAGAGAAACAAGAGGGCAUUAAAGUAAAUAUUUAUAUACACACAUUCUAAUAAGGAAUGCUUGACUUCCAUUAUACACAUUUCCUUGUAGUAGCUGUAACCAUGCUAUAGAAAACAGAACAUGUCCUUUUUAUGCAAGUGACAUUUUCAUUUAAUGUACCAAAUUGUUAGUCUGAUUUUUAUAAUAUAGUUUUACACAGAUCCUUUCUAAAAUGGAAUUAUCUAAUCUUAAUGUUAUUUAUAAAUAGAAGAGACUGUAGUUAAUGUAUACAGUAGAUUUCAACUGACUAUUAUGUUACUUUUUAAAGUUUGAAAGAAUGAAUCAGAAGUUCCAGUCAUGAGAAGAUGCUUUGAAAAACAAUCAAAGUUCCCAGUGUAGUGGCUAUAGUCUUACUUCAUCAUUUGAUCAAAUCUUUAAUCAUUUUGGAAGAAAGACAAUACUUCAGUUUUACACAGCUUGUACUUUAUUUUGCAGAUAUCUCAUAACUUUUAUUUGAGGGGCAACUCUUCUGAAUAUAGCUUUCAUUCUGAACAAAAAUUUGUCAUGGCAAUAAAUAAAUUAUGCAUUCGAGAAAAACCAAUUUUUGUAUUUGACUUAAUGUACUCAUGUUUAACAAACUACACAUUCUUGAAUUUCAACUUAUGAAAACAGGAUGAUUUUAUUUGGUAGCAUAACCUUUUAUUCUGACAAAAUAGUGAAACAUUUUGUUAAAUUCAUGUUGCAGAGUGUUUAUAGCCUUAUCUGUCUGUUUUUGUUGAUGGCAUAACUGGUUGUGAUUACAUGGAGAGAGAGUUUUAUAAUAUUAAUACAUGAUUUAGAGUUCAAAAUCAAAUAUUAGAAGCUGGGAAUCCUUUAAAUACAUGUAAUGAAAACAAGUGGUUUAUUUUUCAGUGGGAAAAAUCUAGACAUUUGUAGCUUAGAUUUAGGUUGUUAUUAGGCAUCUUAAUAAAAGUUAAAUCAAGAACCACAUAAUAAAUGAAGGACUUCUUAUAUGUUUAGUAUCUGAAAGUUAGAUGUGUUUUUAUCACAUCUAGUUAUUUUGAGAAUAACUAGAAAGGUUCAUACUGUGUUAGCAAAUUAUCAGGUUAUAGGAGAUUAUCCCAUUUGUUUUAAACAAUCCUUUAUGUUGACUGAGGAGGUAGGAAAAAAAAGGAGUUAACUGAAAUAUUUCUAAAUAAAGUAUUGUGAGAAUUCUAAAAUUCUAAGAAACAACUGUAUUUUCUAGACUGAGAUCAGCAAACUAUGGCCCACAGGUCACAUCCAGCCAGCUGCCUAUUUUCCCCACAGCUGCUCUUGCACUAUAAUAACAGAGUUCAUUAUUUGCUUGCAAAGCCUAAAAGUAUUUGGUAUUUUGCCUUUAUAAAAAAAAAAGUUUGCCGACUGCUGUUUUAGCUACUUGCUAAGGACAAAUGGCCUCAAACAUAGAACUUUUGGAGAACAGAGUCCAAUGGUCACCUAAAAUGAAGCAAGAUAUGUUAGAAAAUAUAAAAAUAUCCACUUAGAAUAUAAUUCACAAGGUAAAAUUGAUUCUUUUCAAAACAAAUAUUUAAUAUUUUAACUUUUACAGGAAAGAAAAUUAAAUAAUAUAUACUUAUUUUUGCUAUUAACUUGAUCAUUUCACAAAGGUGACAAAAAUACAGAAAGCAGUUCUGUGAAAACAAAAGCAUAACACUGGGAAUUUUCUUUAGCUUUCCACUUUAACAGCUGAAGAUACCACACAGACUUGUGCGAUGUCAUCAUACUCAUAUGUUCUCUUUAAGAAUGUGUCUGUUAGUCUUAAGCCGGAGACACUCUAUUGAGAGAAAGAUAUAGGCCUCAGUUUUUAAUCAUUGGUAAUUACCAGAGAAAAUAUGGCUAUAAUAAAUGAUUAUAAAUUAGCCCCUAUACACUUGAAAUCAUUGAAAAGAGAACAUACUUGUAGUCCUUGUACUGAAGACAGCAGAGUAAGGGCAAGGCAGAGAGAGGAACUUGGAUGCAGCUUUCCAAGCUGCCUUCCUGAAAUACCACACCAAUGGAUAGAAUUGGUAUUGCACAUUUCCAAAACCAGAUCCAUCGUCCUUUCACUGCUAGGGGAAUCAGAAAAACAGGAAUAAAUCUUGUUCACUUCACAAGGACAUACUAUGGUAUUCCACCCCCAACCCUUUUUCCUUUUCAGUAAGUUUGCUUUCUGGGUAUCCAGAAAAACAAAAAUGAAGAGAAAUGAAAAGCUACUGAAUAAUUUUUAUAUUUAAGAGAGAAUCAGGAAAAUGAAAGGAGAUGGCAUAUUCUGAGGCUUAAAAUGAUUUUAAGCUAAUCUACCUGCUUGAGAUCACUUUUCUGGUUCUAUUGUUCAACACUGAUUCCCUAGUGCUAAUUUGCUAAUGACACUUUGCUAUUUCUCUGGGAGAUUUACAGACUUCUAUGCCUCAUAUUGUUUCUAUGUAGUCUUACAAUUUCUAUUAUAGGAAAUAAAAUGAGAAACUGAGUUCAGUCUAGUGCUUUUGAUAACUAAUCCUUUAACAUGCAUAUAACUCAGAAAAAUGACUGAGAGGAUUCAAAAGUAAAUACUAUUCAUGCCUGCUCGCCAUUAUUAUUUACUAUGAAAAAACUACUUUUAAUAAGUAUCACUAGGUCAUCCUAAGUUGAAGUUUUAGCGAAAAUAUGACAAAAAGCUCAUAAUGAAAGAUAGUUUCCUACUGUACCACCAUUCAUGGCUACUUUGAAUUCUUACCGCUUUUUUUUCUCAUAGUUGGACCCAUAUUUUAAAGUAUUUACUUAAAUUUUAAUUUAUUCACUUUUUAGACAUAUUGACUUGACAUUAGCUUUCAUAGUCUCUAUUUCCCUAACAAACAUUUUAAAUACUAUGUACCAGAAACUAGGUUGGAUGCACUACAUGAAUUUUCUCAUUAAAUUCCAUAAACACCCAGUUAAUAUUUGUACAUAACUGUAUGUAUGUGUAUCUGUGUAUAUGUAGAGGGUUAUUUUUUAUAGAUGAGGCAGCUAAAGAUCUAAGUGCCUUUAGAAAAUUUAUUUGAAUCAUGAAAAGUU